UUCUCAAGGUUUUGCCUUUAAUGCCUUGGGAAAAUGGCAGAAGGUGCAGAUGGAGAGGAAGAGAUUCAGUUUCUGCGUACGGAUGAUCAGGUGGUGCUGCAGUGCACUGCAUCUAUUCUUAAGGAACAGAUCAAGCUGUGUCUGUCAUGCGAAGGAUUUGGGAAUCGUCUUUGUUUCCUGGAGACCACCUCCAAUGCUCAGAAUAUCCCUCCAGACCUUGCUAUCUGCUGCUUCAUCUUGGAACAGUCCCUUUCUGUGCGGGCAUUACAGGAAAUGCUGUCCAACUCUUCCGUGGAUGAGUCGUCACAAGGUGGGGGUCACCGCACCCUGCUGUAUGGACAUGCCAUCCUCCUGAAGCACACUCACUCCAGCAUGUACUUGUGCUGUUUGACUACUUCGCGCUCACUGACAGACAAAUUGGCUUUUGAUGUGGGUUUGCAGGAAGAUUCCACAGGAGAGGCCUGCUGGUGGACCAUCCAUCCAGCCUCCAAGCAAAGGUCUGAAGGUGAGAAGGUCAGGGUGGGAGAUGACCUCAUUCUCGUCAGUGUUUCUUCAGAGCGAUACCUGCAUUUGUCCUACGCCAGUGGUGACUUGAUGGUAGAUGCCUCUUUCAUGCAAACACUGUGGACCAUGACCCCUGUGAUGUCUGGAUGUGAGCUGGCUGAAGGUUUUCUGACCGGAGGGUACGUGCUCAGGCUGUUCCAUGGUCACAUGGACGAGUGUUUGGCAAUCCCAGGAGCUGAACAAGGGGACGACCAGCGCAGAGUUGCUCAUUAUGAAGGAGGGGCUGUAUGCAGUCAUGCUCGAUCCUUAUGGCGACUUGAGCCACUCCGUAUCGGUUGGAGCGGGGGUCACAUUAAAUGGGGCCAGUCUUUCCGGAUACGUCACAUAACAACAGGCCGAUACCUUUGUCUGGAUGAAGAGAAAGGACUGCUGCUGGUGGACCCGGAAAAGGCAAAUUCCAAGAUGUCAGCCUUCUGCUUCAGGAUUUCAAAGGAAAAAAUCGAAUUGAUCCAAAAGCGAGAUGUGGAAGGCAUGGGCACGCCUGAGAUUAAGUAUGGAGAGUCCAUGUGCUUCGUACAGCAUGUUUCAACUGGCCUCUGGCUCACAUAUGCUGCUGUUGAUGCCAAAUCUGCCCGCCUGGGUCCUCUAAAGAGAAAGGCCAUACUCCAUAAAGAAGGUCACAUGGAUGAUGCACUCACAGUGGCUCGAUCUCAGACCGAAGAGUCCCAAGCUGGCAGAAUGAUUUUCAGCACAUCAGGCCUCUUUAACCAGUUCAUCAAAGGUUUAGAUGCUCUGGGUGGGAAAAACAAAUCUCCCAACUCCACAUCUCUGCCUAUGGACACAGUGGUGCUCUCCCUGCAGGACCUCAUUUUUUACUUCCGACCCCCCGAGGAGGAGCUGGAGCACGAGGACAAACAGUUCAAGCUUCGCUCCCUCAAGAACAGACAGAACCUCUUCCAGGAAGAGGGAAUGAUUACUCAUGUCCUGGACUGUGUAGAUCGCCUCAAUGUCUACAACACAGCAGCUCACUUCUCAGAGUAUGCUGGGGAGGAAGCCGCAGAGUCAUGGAAGGAGAUAGUAAAUUUACUGUAUGAAUUGCUUGCCUCUUUGAUCAGAGGCAAUCGUGCUAACUGUGCCCUGUUCUGUGACAACCUUGACUGGCUGGUCAGUAAAUUGGAUCGUUUGGAGGCAUCUUCAGGAAUCCUGGAGGUGUUGUAUUGUGUCCUGAUUGAGAGUCCAGAGGUGCUGAACAUUAUUCAGGAAAAUCACAUCAAAUCCAUCAUCUCUCUGCUGGAUAAGCAUGGCCGCAAUCACAAGGUCUUGGAUGUGCUCUGCUCUCUGUGUGUGUGUAAUGGAGUGGCGGUGAGGUCAAAUCAGAAUCUCAUCACAGAGAAUCUGCUUCCAGGUCGUGACCUCCUACUUCAAACCAACAUUAUCAAUUAUGUAACCAGCAUUAGACCCAACAUUUUCCUUGGAACUUGUGAAGGAUCCACUCAGUACAAGAAGUGGUAUUUUGAGGUGAUGGUGGACCAAGUGGAGCCGUUCCUUACAGCUCAGCCAUAUCACCUGCGUGUGGGUUGGGCUCUGACGGAGGGCUACAGUCCUUACCCUGGUGGAGGGGAAGGCUGGGGGGCCAACGGGGUCGGGGAUGACCUCUACUCCUACGGUUUCGACGGGCUUCACCUCUGGUCAGGACGUGUUCCGCGUCAUGUUGCCACACCCAAUGAGCACCUCCUGGCAGCAGAAGAUGUGGUCAGCUGUUGUUUGGAUCUGAGCGUGCCCAGUAUUUCCUUCCGUAUCAAUGGGCAUCCUGUUCAGGGCAUGUUUGAGAACUUCAACCUGGACAGCUUGUUCUUCCCUGUUGUCAGCUUCUCUGCAGGCGUUAAGUUGCGGUUUCUUCUCGGGGGGCGUCACGGAGAUUUUAAGUUCCUCCCACCUCCAGGAUAUGCUCCAUGCUAUGAAGCAGUACUGCCAAGGGACCGUCUACGGAUCGAGCCCAUCAAGGAGUAUAAGCAUGAUUUUGAUGCCAUUCGCAACCUGUUGGGUCCAACUCAGUCCCUCUCACAUACAGCCUUCACUCCUGGCCCUGUGGACACUAUACAGAUUGUACUUCCUCCUCAUUUGGAGCGCAUUCGAGAGAAGCUUGCAGAAAAUAGCCAUGAGUUAUGGGCUGUUACUCGCAUUGAACAAGGGUGGACCUAUGGACCAUUUCGUGACGACAACAAGAAGCUGCACCCCUGCCUGGUAGACUUCCAGAGUCUGCCUGAACCAGAGAAGAACUACAAUUUAGCGAUGUCAGGAGAGACACUCAAAACUCUGCUGGCACUAGGCUGUCAUGUAGGAAUGGGAGAUGAGAAAGCCGAAGAGAAUCUGAAAAAGAACAAGCUCCCAAAAACUUACAUGCAGAGUAGCGGAUACAAGCCAGCCCCUCUGGACCUCAACUAUGUCAAGCUAACUCCUAAUCAGAACGCUCUAGUGGAGAGACUGGCAGAAAAUGGACACAAUGUGUGGGCAAGAGACCGGGUUCGCCAGGGCUGGACAUACAGUAUUGUGCAGGAUAUAUUGAACAAGCGAAAUCCCCGUCUGGUUCCUUACAACCUGCUAGAUGAAAAGACGAAAAAAACCAACAGGGACACAGUUUGCGCAGCUGUUCGCACUCUCAUCGGAUAUGGUUACAACAUAGAACCACCUGACCAGGAGAGCAGCGGGCAUGGACCAGCAACUGGUGAUAAGAUCAGAGUGUUCAGAGCAGAAAAAUCUUAUGCUGUCACACAGGGGAAGUGGUACUUUGAGUUUGAGGCUGUGACAGUCGGGGAGAUGAGAGUGGGCUGGGCCAGGCCCAGUGUUCGUGCAGACACUGAACUUGGUGCAGAUGAGUUGGCAUAUGUCUUCAAUGGCUUCAAGGCCCAACGUUGGCACGUGGGAAAUGAGCCAUUUGGUCGACAGUGGCUAUCUGGUGAUGUGGUGGGUUGUAUGAUCGACCUCACGGAGAUGAACAUCAUGUUUACACUCAACGGAGAAAUGUUGAUCAGCGACUCAGGCUCAGAGAUGGCCUUUAAGGAUAUCGAGAUUGGAGAAGGCUUCAUACCUGUGUGCAGCCUGGGCCUGUCCCAGAUCGGCAGGAUCAACUUAGGUCAGAACGUCAGCAGUCUUCGUUAUUUUACCAUCUGUGGCCUGCAGGAGGGAUUUGAACCCUUUGCUAUCAAUAUGAAAAGAGACAUUACCAUGUGGUUCAGCAAGAGCCUUCCCCAGUUCAUCAAUGCGCCCACUGAUCAUCCUCACAUGGAGGUGUCCCGUGUUGAUGGGACAGUGGAAUCUGCCCCUUGUCUCAAACUGACCCACAAGACAUUUGGAUCACAGAACGCCAACACAGACUUGCUAUUCUUCAGACUCAGCAUGCCAGUUGAGUUUCAUGAGACCUUCAAAGUCCCAGCAGGGACCACCCUUCUUACCCGUGCGCUGACAAUCCCUGAGGAUGAGGCGUUAGAGGUGGACCCAGACUCUGACUUUGAAAUACUCAAGAAGUCAGCUACUCGCAAAGAGCAGGAAGAGGACAAGAAAGAACCGUCUGUGCCGAAAGAGAUCCCUGCCAUUAAAAAUGGAGAAAAUGAGAAGGAUGCCUCAACUGAGAAAAGCAAGAAGAAAGGAUUCCUUUUCAAGGCUAAGAAGGCUGCUUUAAUAAAUCAACCACCUGUUGUUCCCACCAUGCCCCGCUUAAUGGAAGAUGUGGUGCCAGAUGACCGGGAUGAUGUCGACAUCAUCCUCAACACCACUACAUACUAUUAUUCUGUGAGAGUGUUUGCGGGGCAGGAGCCCAGUGGCGUGUGGGUGGGCUGGGUCACACCUGACUAUCACCAGUAUGACCCACAUUUUGACAUCAGCAAAGUGAGAAAUGUAACAGUCACUGUCGGCGAUGAUAAAGGAAACAUACACGACAGUAUAAAACGCAGUAACUGCUACAUGGUAUGGGGAGGAGAGUUCAGCAGCUCCCAGCAGACCCGAGUCAGUCAAGAGGAUUUUGUGAUUGGUUGUCUCAUUGAUUUGGAAACAGGACUCAUGACUUUCACUGCUAAUGGAAAAGAGAUCAACACGUUUUACCAGGUGGAGCCCAACACAAAACUGUUCCCAGCUGUCUUUGUCCUUCCUUCCAGUCUGAAUAUGAUUCAGUUUGAACUAGGCAAGCUGAAGAACAUUAUGCCGAUCUCAGCCGCCAUGUUCCGGAGUGAACGCAAGAACCCUGUUCCCCAAUGCCCUCCUAGACUGGAUGUCCAGAUGUUAACCCCAGUCAUCUGGAGCCGCAUGCCCAACCACUUCCUGGCUCCAGAGACAGGUCGCAUUAGUGAGAGACUUGGCUGGGUGGUGCAGUGUCAGGAGCCACUCAGCAUGAUGGCCCUCCACAUCCCAGAAGAGAACAGGUGUAUUGACAUCCUGGAGCUGUCUGAACGUAUGGACUUGCUGAAGUUCCACUAUCAUACUCUGAAGCUGUAUGGCUUAGUGUGUGCUUUGGGCAACAACCGUGUGGCUCACGCUCUGUGCAGCCAUGUGGAUGAGUCCCAGCUCUUCUACGCCAUAGAGAACACCUACCUACCUGGACCAAUGAGGAGCGGCUUCUAUGACCUGCUCAUCAGCAUGCACCUGGAGUCUGCCAAGAGGAACCGGCUGGGAACCAACAAGGAAUUCAUAGUUCCAAUGACAGACCAAACACGCAGUAUCACUCUGUACUCUGACAAAUCUCAUGCUUUACCUGGGGUUGGCCUUACUACAUGUCUGCGUCCCAAACUCCAUUUCUCCUCCAUUGGGUUUGUUGGAACCAAUCAGGACAUCUACACACUGAGUCCAGUCAUCCCCUUACAGGUGCUAAAGACCAAGGCCCUGAACAUGCUGACCGAGGCUGUGCAAGAUGGAGGUCAAGCCAUGAGAGAUCCUGUGGGAGGUAGUGUUGAGUUUCAUUUUGUUCCAAUCCUGAAGCUCAUCAGUACCCUCCUCAUCAUGGGUGUGUUUGAUGAUGAAGAUGUCACACACAUCCUGAAGAUGCUUGAGCCCACAGUCUUCAAGCAACAAGAAGAAGAAGAGGAAUAUGAGGAUGAUGGCUUGGGGGAAGAGGAUGAGGAAGAAAUGGAGGAAGAGGAAGAAUUAGAGACAGAAUCGAUUAAAGGAGCAGAGGAAACAGAGAAAGAGAUUAAAGAGGAGGAUAAAGAAGAACAUCUAGAGCAAGGACUCUUCCAGAUGAAGUUACCGGAGUCUGUCAAAUUGCAGAUGUGUACUCUACUGCAGUAUUUCUGUGACUGUGAGCUACGUCACAGAGUGGAGGCCAUCACUGCUUUUUCAGACCAGUUCGUCAGCCAGAUACAGUCCAACCAGAGGCAGCGCUACAAUGAACUUAUGCUGGCCUUCACCAUGAGUGCCGCUGAGACUGCCCGCAAGACCCGUGAAUUUCGCUCCCCACCACAGGAGCAGGUCAACAUGCUCAUGAACUUCAAGAACUGUGCUGAGGAUGAAGAGUGCCCUGUUCCUGAUGAGGUCCGCGAAGCUCUGCUGACUUUUCACAACGCUCUGCUGGCUCACUGUGGUGUUCAUAUUGAGGAAGAAGAACAAGAGGAAGAAGUGGAUAACUCUCUCUGUGGACGACUCGUCCGUUUGCUGGCAAAGGUGAAAAGAAUCCGUGAGAAGAAGGUAGAGGUGGAGCCUGAACCACAGGAAGAUAAAAAGCCAAGCACACUGCAGGAGCUGAUUUCCCACACUAUGAUCCAUUGGGCCCAGGAGUCGUUCAUCCAGAACCCUGAGCUGGUGCGUAUGAUGUUCAGCCUCCUUCACAGACAGUACGAUGGGCUAGGUGAGCUCAUGCGUGCCCUUCCCAAGGCCUACACCAUCAACGCAGUGUCAAUUAUCGACACCAUGGACUUGCUGGAGUGCUUGGGCCAGAUCCGCUCCCUGCUUAUUGUCCAGAUGGGUCCGGAAGAGGAGAGGCUUAUGAUUCAAAGCAUCGGGAACAUCAUGAGUAACAAAGUCUUUUAUCAGCACCCAAACUUGAUGCGAGCCUUGGGCAUGCAUGAAACCGUCAUGGAGGUCAUGGUCAAUGUGCUUGGCGGCGGGGACUCAAAGGAGAUCAGAUUCCCUCGAGUGGUGACAAACUGCUGCCGUUUUCUCUGCUAUUUCUGUCGCAUCAGUCGCCAAAAUCAGCGCUCUAUGUUUGACCACCUCAGCUACCUUCUCCAAAACAGUGGCAUCGGCCUUGGAAUGCGGGGCUCCACUCCCUUGGACGUGGCUGCAGCCUCUUGUAUCGACAACAACGAGCUGGCGUUGGCUCUCCAAGAGCAGGAUCUAGAAAUGGUGGUGAAGUAUUUAGCUGGAUGUGGACUUCAGAGCUGUCCAAUGCUACUGUCCAAAGGCUAUCCUGACAUUGGCUGGAAUCCUUGUGGCGGAGAGAAAUACCUUGACUUUCUUCGUUUUGCUGUGUUUGUCAAUGGAGAGAGCGUAGAAGAGAAUGCCAAUGUGGUGGUGCGUCUCCUCAUUCGCAGGCCUGAGUGCUUCGGUCCAGCCCUGAGAGGAGAGGGUGGUAACGGUCUACUGGCUGCAAUAGAGGAGGCAAUCAAAAUAUCAGAGGAUCCUGCAAGGGAUGGUCCUAGUGUUAAGAAAGACAGACGCUUUCCCAUGUUUGGAGGAGAGGAGCAGCAUGAGGAGAACAAGGUGCACCUGGGAAAUGCCAUCAUGUCCUUCUACUCUGCCCUUAUUGACUUGCUGGGACGCUGUGCUCCAGAGAUGCACUUGAUCCAGGCUGGUAAGGGCGAGGCUCUGAGAAUCAGAGCCAUCCUGAGGUCUCUGGUCCCCAUUGAGGAUCUUGUGGGAGUCAUCAGCCUUUCUGUUCAGAUUCCUUCAUUUGGAAAAGACAACAGCAUCAUAGAACCAAAGAUGUCAGCUAGUUUUGUGCCGGAUCACAAGGCUCCCAUGGUUCUGUUCCUGGACAGAGUGUAUGGUAUUGACAACCAGGAUUUCUUGCUACAUGUGCUAGAGGUGGGCUUUCUCCCUGACAUGAGGGCUGCUGCCUCUCUGGACACGGUUGCUUUCUGCACUACAGAGAUGGCCCUUGCUUUGAACCGCUACCUGUGUUCUGCUGUGCUGCCACUCAUCACUAAGUGUGCUCCACUCUUUGCUGGCAGUGACCACAGAGCCAUAAUGAUCGACUCUAUGUUGCACACAAUCUACCGUCUGUCUCGUGGACGAGCCUUCACAAAGGCCCAAAGAGACAUCAUUGAAGAGUGCCUCAUGGCUUUGUGCAAACAUCUACGUCCAUCCAUGCUUCAGCACCUGCUAAGACGGCUGGUGUUUGAUGUGCCCAUUCUCAAUGAGUACGCCAAAAUGCCCCUGAAGCUUUUGACCAAUCACUACGAGCGUUGUUGGAAAUAUUAUUGCCUCCCUAAUGGUUGGGGCAACUUUGGAAUCUCAUCAGAAGAGGAGCUGCAUCUGACCCGCAAACUGUUUUGGGGGAUCUUUGAAUCGCUAGCGCACAAGAAAUUUGAUGCUGAGAUUUUCAAAAUUUCAAUGCCAUGCAUCUGUGCCAUCGCUGGAGCCAUUCCUCCCGACUAUGUCGAUGCCAGCUACUCCUCAAAAACAGAGAAAAAGGCAUCAGUGGAUGCAGAGGGAAACUUUGAUCCUAAACCAGUAGAGACGACAAACACUAUCAUCCCCGAGAGACUGGAUCCCUUUAUCAACAAAUAUGCUGAAUAUACACAUGAUAGAUGGGCCUUUGAAAAGAUCCAGAAUAACUGGUCAUAUGGUGAAAUGCUGGAUGACAAUGCAAAAACUCAUCCCAUGCUCAGACCAUACAAAACCUUCUCAGAGAAGGACAAAGAGAUCUACCGUUGGCCAAUCAAAGAGUCAGUCAAAGCCAUGGUUGCAUGGGAAUGGACUCUAGAUAAAGCUAGAGAGGAAGAGGAGUCAGAGAAGAAGAAGGCAGUAUCACGAAAAAUCUCACAAACUGCACAGGCAACCUAUGACCCAAGCCAAGGGUACAGUCCACAGCCCAUUGAAAUCUCACACAUGGCUCUUUCAAGAGACCUGCAGUCUAUGGCAGAGCAACUGGCAGAAAAUUACCACAACACCUGGGGGCGAAAGAAAAAGUUGGAGCUGCAGUCCAAAGGAGGUGGAACACAUCCUCUGCUGGUGCCCUAUGAUACUCUGACAGCAAAAGAAAAGGCACGAGAUAGAGAGAAGUCUCAUGAACUGCUGAAGUUUCUGCAGCUUAAUGGAUAUGCUGUCACAAGGGGCCUGAAAGAUAUGGAGUCUGACAUCUCAUCCAUCGAGAAGAGAUUUGCUUAUGGUUUCCUGCAGAAGCUGCUGAAAUGGAUGGAAAUUGCCCAAGAGUUCAUCGCUCAUCUUGAGGCUGUGGUAAGCAGUGGACGAGUGGAAAAGUCUCCUCAUGAGCAGGAAAUCAAAUUCUUUGCCAAGAUCUUGAUGCCUCUAAUCAACCAAUAUUUCAAAAACCACUGCCUCUACUUCUUGUCGACACCUGCAAAAGUUCUGGGUAGUGGUGGGCAUUCUUCCAAUAAAGAGAAGGAGAUGAUUGCAAGUAUCUUCUGUAAAAUGUCUGCUCUGGUGAGGCAGAGAGUCUCUCUCUUUGGAACGGAUGCUUCAGCAAUUGUUAACUGUCUUCACAUCCUGGCACGGUCAUUGGAUGCAAGGACAGUAAUGAAGUCAGGGCCUGAGAUUGUGAAAGCAGGGCUGCGGUCAUUCUUUGAGAGUGCUGCGGACGAUAUAGAGAAGAUGGUAGAGAACCUCAAACUGGGCAAAGUAUCCAAAGGCAAUCAGCAAGUGAAAGGCGUCUCCCAGAACAUUAACUACACAACCAUCGCCCUGCUCCCAGUGCUUACCUCCCUGUUUGAUCACAUUGCUCAGCACCAGUUUGGAGAUGAUGUCAUGCUGGACGAUCUACAGAUGUCAUGCUAUCGCAUCAUGUGUAGCAUCUACUCCCUUGGGACUGUCAAGAAUCCACAUGUUGAGAGGCAGAGACCAGCUCUCGGAGAAUGUUUGGCUCACCUUGCAGCUGCGAUGCCAGUGGCCUACUUAGAGCCCCAUCAAAAUGAAUUCAAUGCUUUCUCUGUCUACACCACAAAGACACCCAGAGAAAGAGCCAUCUUGGGCCUUCCCAGUGAGGUCCAGGAAUUAUGUCCAGACAUUCCAGAGCUGGAUGCUCUGCUAAAGGAGAUUGGGGACUUGGCAGAGUCAGGGGCUCGUUACACUGAGAUGCCUCAUGUGAUUGAAAUCACCCUGCCCAUGCUGUGCAACUACUUGCCUCGCUGGUGGGAGAGAGGACUUGAGAACUUCCCUGAGAUGGAGGGGCAGAUCUGCACUGAUGUCACAUCCGAACACCUUAAUCAGCUGCUUGGCAGCAUCAUGAAAAUCGUUGUCAACAACUUGGGUAUCGAUGAAGCCUCUUGGAUGAAGAGGUUGGCUGUGUUUUCACAGCCCAUUGUCAGCAGGGCAAAGCCAGAAAUGCUCAAGUCCCACUUCAUCCCUACAAUGGAGAAGCUGAAGAAACGCACUUCAAAGGUGGUGGCUGAAGAGGACCAUUUGCGGAUGGAGGGUAAAUCAGAGGGGGAUGAGGAAGACGGCACUAUACGUGAUGAGUUUGCUGUCCUCUGCAGAGACUUGUAUGCCCUCUACCCUCUACUUAUUCGCUACGUGGACAACAACAGGGCAAGAUGGCUGACAUGCCCAGACCCAGAUGCAGAAGAGCUCUUCCGAAUCGUUGGAGAGGUCUUCAUUUUCUGGUCCAAAUCUCAUAACUUCAAACGAGAGGAACAGAACUUUGUUGUGAUGAAUGAGAUCAAUAACAUGUCAUUCCUCACCGCUGACAGCAAAAGCAAAAUGAGCAAGGGCGGGGACUCAGAGGGUGGAGGCUCAGAUACUGAACGUACCAAGAAGAAAAAGCGUGGAGAUCGUUACUCUGUACAGACUUCACUUAUUGUGGCUGCCUUGAAAAAGAUGCUUCCCAUAGGCCUCAACAUGUGCUCUCCCGCUGAUCAGGAGCUUAUCAACUUGGCCAAGAUCCGAUACUCUUUGAGAGACACUGAUGAAGAAGUAAGAGAGUUCCUGCAGAACAACCUUCAUCUUCAGGGCAAGGUGGACAACCCAUCCAUGCGCUGGCAGAUGGCCCUGUAUAAGGAGAUGGCAGGGAAGGCCGAAGAUGCUGACGCUCCAAUGAAAGUUGUCAAGAGAGUGCAGGAGGUUUCUGCUGUCCUCUACCACCUUGAAGUCACGGAGCACCCGUUUAAAUCCAAGAAGAUGGUGUGGCACAAACUGUUGUCCAAGCAGAGACGCAGGGCUGUGGUCGCUUGCUUUAGGAUGACACCACUAUACAAUAUUCCAAGGCAUAGAGCUUCAAACAUGUUCCUUGAGGGAUACAAACGCAAUUGGCUUCACUCUGAGGGUUACUCAUUUGAAGACAGGAUGAUAGACGACUUAUCCAAAGCAAUGGAGCAAGAGGAAGGAGAUGAAGAGGAGCAUGAACGAGAAACAAAGCCAGAUCCCCUCCACCAGCUUAUUCUGCAUUUCAGUCGUACCGCUCUGACAGAAAAGAGUAAACUUGAUACCGAUCAUCUUUAUAUGGCAUAUGCAGAAAUUAUGGCAAAGAGUUGCCAUAUUGGUGAGGAAGAAGAAGGGGGAGAGGAAAUGGUGGAAAAUGCUGAGGAUGAGAUGUCCUUUGAGGAAAAAGAAACGGAGAAACAAAGGCUCUUGUACCAGCAGUCCAGACUUCACAAUCGUGGAGCUGCAGAGAUGGUCCUGCAAAUGAUCAGUGCCUGCAAAGGUGAGACUGGACCAAUGGUGACUACAACCCUCAAGCUGGGCAUCUCUAUCCUUAACGGUGGAAACAGUGAGGUUCAACGGAAAAUGCUGGAGUACCUGAGGGAUAAGAAGGAUGUAGGCUUCUUUUUGAGUGUCCAGGCACUGAUGCAGACAUGCAGUGUCUUGGAUCUAAAUGCGUUUGAGAGGCAGAACAAGGCAGAGGGGCUGGGCAUGGUUUCAGAGGAGGGCAGUAAUGAGAAAGUGAUGUCAGACGACGAGUUCACCUGUGACCUCUUCCGUUUCCUGCAGCUGCUUUGUGAGGGUCACAAUAAUGAUUUCCAGAACUACCUGCGGACACAGACAGGCAGCACAACUACCAUCAACAUCAUCAUCUGCACUGUAGAUUACCUCCUCAGACUCCAGGAGUCUAUCAGUGAUUUCUACUGGUAUUACUCCGGCAAGGACAUCAUUGAUGAACCAGGCAAAAAGAAUUUCUCCAAAGCUAUGAUAGUGGCAAAACAGAUUUUCAACAGCCUAACUGAAUAUAUUCAGGGUCCAUGCACUGGCAACCAGCAGUCCCUGACCCAUAGCAGGCUGUGGGAUGCCAUUGUCGGGUUCCUUCAUGUCUUUGCCCAUAUGAUGAUGAAGCUGGCACAGGACUCCAGCCAGAUUGGUCUGCUGAAGGAGCUCCUUGACCUACAGAAAGACAUGGUUGUGAUGUUGCUCUCACUGUUAGAGGGAAACGUGGUAAACGGUACAAUUGCGCGCCAGAUGGUAGACAUGCUGGUAGAGUCUUCCAGCAACGUGGAGAUGAUCCUCAAGUUCUUUGACAUGUUCCUCAAACUGAAAGACAUUGUGGCUUCGGAUGCUUUCCGUGAUUACGUCACAGAUCCACGAGGGCUGAUCUCCAAGAAGGACUUCCACAAGGCCAUGGACAGUCAGAAGCAGUACUCCCCAUCUGAGAUCCAGUUUCUGUUGUCCUGCUCAGAAGCAGAUGAGAAUGACAUGAUCCACUAUGAGGAGUUCGCCAAUCGCUUUCAGGAACCCGCCAAGGACAUCGGAUUCAACAUCGCAGUGCUGCUCACCAACCUGUCUGAGCACGUCCCCCAUGACAUCAGGCUAAAGAACUUCUUAGAACAAGCAGAUAGUGUGCUGAACUACUUCCGCCCCUUCUUGGGCCGUAUUGAGAUAAUGGGCGCCAGCAGAAAGAUUGAGCGCAUCUACUUUGAAAUCACUGAAGUAAACCGCAAACAGUGGGAGAUGCCCCAAGUCAGAGAGUCCAAACAACAGUUUAUCUUUAACGUUGUCAAUGAGGGUGGUGAAUCAGAGAAGAUGGAAAUGUUCGUGAACUUCUGUGAGGACACCAUCUUUGAGAUGAAUAUAGCCUCGCAAAUUUCAGAGCAGGAGGAAGAGGGAAAGGGGGAGGAAGAUGAUGAAGGAGAUGAAGGUGGAGGUGAGGGAGGACCAGGAGGGGCAGCAAAUGGAGGAGGCGAUGAAGACAAUAACGGAGAGGAAGGGCAUCCCGAAUCAAGCUCUGCCUUUGCAGAUUUCAUAAACAGCGUGCUAUGCUUCUUUAGCAUUUUCACCUUCCGUAACCUCCGCAGACAAUAUCGCAGAGUGAGAAAGAUGACCUUCAAGGAGAUUGUGGUGGCUUUGUCCACCUUUUUCUGGACCAUACUAAUGAGUAUACUACACUUCAUUUACAAUGUGUGCAAAGGCUUCUUUAUGAUCAUCUGGCAAACACUGUUUGGAGGAGGCUUAGUGGAGGGAGCUAAGAAUAUCACUGUCACUGAGAUUCUAGCAAGCAUGCCGGAUCCCACACAGGAUGAUGUGCAUGGAGACGGACCAGGGGAGCCAAGGACAGGGGUAGAACAAGACACUGGAGGUGUGACGGACACUGGGGAGACUGGGAGUGGGGAGGAGGAAGAGGAGGAUACCCAGGAAAAAGAGGGUGGGAGGAUACCAGGUGUUGAUGCUCCAGGUGGACUUGGAGACAUGGGUGUUGAAUCACCUGUUGAACCUCCGACACCUGAAGGAACUCCUAUAACAAGGAGAAAAAUGCGACCAGAAGAGACUGACGCUAGCCAGAAACCGCCUGAACCUGUUCUUGUAGAGGAACCUCCCCCAGAACCUGAAAAGGCUGAUGUUGAGAAUGGAGAGAAAGCAGAGAAAGAAGCCCAGAGUAAGGAGGAAGAAAGGCCAGAAGAACAAAAGAAAUCUCCUAAAAAGAAAGAAAAGAAGCCGAAAAGGGAAGGAGGUUUUCAAAUCUGGAAUGAGCUGGAAACCCAAAGAAUUAAAUUCAUGAACUACCUCUCCAGAAACUUCUACAACUUGCGUUUUUUGGCGUUGUUCCUCGCAUUUGCCUUGAACUUCAUUCUGCUGUUCUACAAGGUGUCUGACUCCCCCCCUGAGGGUGAGGAGAUGGAAGGAUCUGGACUGGAUCCGGAGGGAAGCGGGCUGUUCGAAGGCUCUGGGUUGUUUGAAGGCUCAGGGGAAGAGGCUGAGGGAUCUGGAAUGAAUGAAGGAGAUGAGGACGAGGAAGAGGUCCCAAUUUAUUUCUAUUUAGAGGAGAGCACUGGCUACAUGCAGCCCACAUUGACCUUCAUUGCUGCCUUACACACAGUCAUCUCAUUCAUCUGUAUCAUUGGCUACAACUGCCUCAAGAUUCCACUGGUGAUCUUUAAAAGGGAGAAAGAACUUGCAAGAAAACUGGAGUUUGACGGCCUCUAUAUCACUGAGCAGCCUGAGGAUGAUGACAUUAAGGGCCAGUGGGACCGACUGGUCCUGAAUACACCCUCUUUUCCAAACAACUAUUGGGAUAAAUUUGUCAAGAGAAAGGUUUUGGAUAAGUACGGCGACAUUUAUGGCAGAGAAAGAAUUGCUGAGCUCCUGGGAGUUGAUUUAGCCUCCCUGGAUGUGAGUCAACAACAUGAGAGGAAACAGGAGGAACCAGACAACUCUGUGUUUGCAUGGACGACCACCGUUGACAUCAAGUACCAAAUCUGGAAAUUUGGUGUUAUUUUCACAGACGGUACCUUCUUAUAUCUCUGUUGGUACAUGAUAAUGUCUCUGCUUGGCCAUUACAACAACUUCUUCUACGCCUGCCACUUGCUGGACAUUGCUAUGGGUGUCAAGACUCUGCGCACUAUCCUGUCCUCAGUCACACACAAUGGCAAACAGCUCAUGAUGACAGUGGGCUUGUUGGCUGUGGUGGUGUACCUUUACACUGUAAUCGCCUUCAAUUUCUUCCGCAAGUUUUACAACAAGAGCGAGGACGAGGACGAACCGGAUAUGAAAUGCGACGACAUGAUGACUUGUUACCUGUUCCACAUGUAUGUGGGUGUGCGUGCUGGUGGAGGAAUCGGAGAUGAGAUAGAGGAUCCCGCCGGAGAUGAAUACGAGCUGUAUCGAGUGGUCUUUGAUAUCACUUUCUUCUUCUUCGUCAUUGUCAUUCUACUGGCCAUUAUUCAGGGUCUGAUCAUUGAUGCCUUUGGAGAACUCAGAGACCAACAAGAGCAGGUCAAGGAAGACAUGGAGACAAAAUGCUUCAUAUGUGGCAUUGGAAGUGACUACUUUGAUACAACGCCACAUGGCUUUGAGACCCACACUUUGGAUGAACACAACCUGGCCAAUUACAUGUUCUUCUUAAUGUACCUUAUCAACAAAGAUGAGACGGAGCACACUGGGCAGGAGUCGUACGUGUGGAAGAUGUACCAGGAGCGUUGCUGGGACUUCUACCCUGCCGGAGACUGUUUCAGAAAGCAAUACGAGGAUCAACUCUCCUAG